UCUCCAGUUGUUACUUUCAUUUAAUAAGCUUAUAAAAUUCAUUGCUAUUUUGGGUUUAUUUUCAAGUUGAUCUAGGCAUUUUCCAAAGUUUGAUUUGGUUUAGAGUUCUGAUUAGAAGUAUCAAUGGGUCCCAAUCAGGAGGAUACGAUUGAUUUGCAUUUGAUGGAGGAUCAGUGCUUUGAUGCAAAGAACAAAGUUAUUGAGAAGGCCGUCAAAUCUGUAACUUUAAAAGGGAAUCAAUUUAAAAGUCAAAUGGAAUAUAGUGAGAAUAGAAUUCUAGCCAUGAAUGAUCCGUCUAAUUACGAAGUAUUGAAAUCCCUGUCAGAGGAAGAUCAAUACUUGGAAGAUCAAUACUCUGAAGAUCCUAAAGUUGAUGAGAAAUUUGAGGUUGAAUUGGAAGUCUCUGAUAAAUAUUCAAAUCCCGAGUUAAAGAAAAUUCGCUUGAAACAAAAGUACGAGAAGGCUUUAAAACGGGAUGAGAAACUAGAAGCUGAGGCGGAACGUUCUGUGAAUGAACUCGAUCCCGAUAUAGAGAACCUUCAAGCUGAACUAAAGAAACGCCACCAGGCUGAAGUAAAAUCUUAUCAAGUUGUGCAAAAAACAUUGAUGGCCAGCUUUAGAAAGGACAUUAACCAGCUAGUGCGAAAGUUUGAUGCCGAGUAUUCGAUUCUGCAAAAGAUACAUUCCGAGCUUAUGAGUGAUGCUCAGUCCAAACAGGAGAAUAAGUCCACUGAUACCUCGGGAACUCAUCAGCCUUAGGAAACUUUACAGAGUUUUUAGAGAUUUUUUAAGCUAAUGACUGAUAACCAUAACAAGUCUAGGAAAGGGGGGUUUAUUUUAUCUUAAAUUUUAAUGUUUUAAAUUUAAAUUUUACAAAGUUGAAAACAAUUCAAUAAAAAUUAAGAAAACUAA